AUGCACCUGAGAGGAAACAAGCUUUUGGAAACCAUCGAUAGUUCGAAAACAGUGUCGGAUGAGAAAAAGGCUAAAGCCAUGAUAUUCUUACGACACCACAUCCAUGAUGGUUUAAAGGAUGAAUAUAUUACGAAAGAGGAUCCUUGUGACCUCUGGAAAUCUUUAAAAGAGAGGUUCGAUCACCAGAAAUAUGUGAUCUUACCGAAAGCUAAACACGAGUGGAUCCAUCUCCGGUUCCAGGAUUACAAAAGUGUUAGUGAGUUUAAUUCCGCGAUGUUCGGAAUUACUUCGAGGAUGAUGUUAUGUGGAGAGAAAAUAAGUGAUUAUGAUAUGAUCGAGAAAACUCUCUCCACGUUCCAUCCUGAAAAUGUAAUCCUGCAGCAACAGUACCGGGUGAAUGGAUAUACCCGUUACUCGGAGUUGAUGCAAGUCCUCCUUGUAGCGGAGCAGAAUAAUCAACUCGUGACUUUAAACCAUCAAGCUCGUCCCACUGGAUCUGCUCCAUUCCCUGAAGCGAAUGUUGCAUCAUCCAGUUAUGAUAAUAGAAGAGGACGAGGUCGUGGACGUGGUGGAAACCGUUAUCAUGAGAAUCCCAAAAAGGGAAAAGAGAAAGGAAGAGGUGAAACAAACUUCAUCUCUGAUGAACCUGGGCCAUCCUUUCAUGGUUUGAACGAUGAUACUCAUCUCGACGUAUCAGACUUUCUGGUUGAGCCAGAGAGUAUCGAUGAGUGA